AUGGCCACUCUACCAGAAAAACAACCUCUCGCUAAGAGCGGGUAUGCCCGAAUGCCAGACAGGCUCCCCUCUACGUUUGUUUCGUCGACGGUACCCUGUAUAUUUGACAAUACCGUCAUUCUUGCGGCAACCCACCCCACAGUCUCGACUGCAGAUCCAUCAGACGAUGGGUGGUUCAUUUCGGAUUUUUAUGCCUUUAACUAUCUGUUAAAAGGCUUGGGCAUGCAUCAGACAUGGAUAACCGCAGCUGAUCCAAGAAAAUUAGUGGAGAAGUAUGGUGCAUACCUUCAUAGCAACCCGUAUGAGGAUCGAAAGGUCUGCCUCGAUAAAGACAUGCUAGAUCAACAGCAAAUCACCCCAGUCACCAUUGUUCGCUCGGGUGAAAUGAUAGAUCGUGUUCUUUCAGAGGCAAACGGGCGUCAGAAUUAG